CACCUUGCACUCACUUUUCAUAUCAACGCACGGGCUCCUGUUAAGAAAACUACGAAGGUGAUCCGCGAUUACAGCAAAGCCGACUUGGCUUCCAUUACCGCUGAAAUGGAAAAUUUCGCAGCUUCUUACAUCGCUAAUUGCGAUCAGCGCUGUGUUGAAGAAAACUGGUGCAUUUUCAAAAAUAAAUUGUUGUCAUUAAUCGAACGUUUCGUACCGCAAAGAACAGUCGCUUGCAAGCCACGGUCCCCUUGGUUCAACCCCUUUUUGAAGCGACUACGUAACAAAAAAAAGCGGUUGUUUCGUCGCGCAAAAGCUUCAUGCAGUGACGCUGCUUGGUCCGCUUACUACCUCACUGAAAAUGACUACAACACAGCCUCCGCUAGUGCGAAACAGCAUUUUUAUUCUGUUACCCUUCCGUCCAUCUUGCAAACUAAUCCUCGUAAAUUCUGGACCAUAGUUAACGGUACACCAAGCAAAAUAAUCCAAUUAACAUACCCAAAUGAUCAACCUGUUGCUCCUGAAGAAUGCUGUAAUGUAUUUAAUGAUGUGUUCUCUUCACAUGUUACCACAAUGCCACGUGGAUUACCGCUUGUAUCCAAUUCUGGUUUUUCGCCCAUGGAUCCAAUCUCUAUUGACUGGGUUGGUGUUAGCUGCCUAAUUAACAAUCACAAAACGUCCUCCUCUGCCGGCCCAGACUGCCUGAACUCAAAAAUUUUGAAGUGUACUAAUGUAUUUUCUGCUGUUAUUUUGUCGCACAUUUUCACUCAGUCAUUACAGCAGUCUGUUCUUCCACACGACUGGUGCGUGGGAAAGGUGAUUCCAGUUCAUAAAUCAGGACGAGCACGGACUGGAAUCGCCUUCCCGCCUCAAUCGCACUCAUCACCGACCCUACUAACUUCAAGACCGCCGUUCAAAAUGCCUUUUGUUAGUAUUUUUGUUAAUACUUUUUUGUUUGUAUUUUUUACUGCAUUACUUCUUGUUUUGACUCCACUCCUUUCUGUAACGCCUUCGGGCCUUGAAAGUACGUGAAAUAAAUAAAUAAAUGAAUAA